UGUUUCACGGUGUUUCCUUAUCAAAUGGUCUUCUGGCUCGUCUGCUUCAUCGUCUUCUCCUGACUUUUGUCUCUUCCUGUGGCCUGAGGGAGGAGGAGGACACACGCAAAAGCAGCAGCAGAAGAAGAAGUCAUGCCAGAGGCACAUCAACGCUGGACGAAGAAAGACUCCAGGUCAAUAAGGUGGAAAGGAAGAAAAACAGUGAACAAGUUCGGUCAACAUUUGAGCCACCCAACGGGUCGAAAAGCACCAAGGGUCCGUCGUCAAUAUUUAACCAGGAGGCUCACACAUUAACUGAGCAAAAGAACCACAGUCCAAAUACACCAGCGAAAAGAAGCACAAGAGCAACUGCAGCGGCGGCGGCGGCGGCGGCAUGUUGAUUUCCGGGGCCCCGAUCAUGUCGUUCCGCCGGCUGUGGACAACAAGUGCACGCCUCAGCCUGAGUUCGGCCGCCGGCGUCCGGCUCGACCUGAGCGGCGUGUACCCUCCCAUCGCGACCCCCUUCACCGCGCAGGAGGACGUCGACUACGACAAAUUGGAGCACAACCUGCGCAAGUACGCCAGCAUUCCAUUUAAAGGUCUGGUGGUGCAGGGCUCCAACGGCGAGUAUCCUUACCUGACGGAGGAGGAGCGCGAGGAGGUGGUGAAGAGGGUUCGACGCUCCAUGCCCGCCAACAAGCUGCUCAUCGCUGGCUCUGGCUGUGAAUCCACGAGAGCCACGCUGGAGCUAACGGCCAAGAUGUCGGACGCCGGUGCCGACGCCGUCCUGGUGGUCACGCCGUGCUUCUACAAAGGCAAGAUGGACGCUCGCGCCCUGAUCCAGCACUUCACCAAGGUUGCGGAUGGCAGUGCGGUCCCGGUGAUCCUGUACAGCGUCCCGGCCAACACGGGCCUGGAGCUGCCGAUGGACGCCAUCGUGCAUCUGUCCCAACACCCCAACAUUGUGGGACUCAAGGACAGCGGCGGAGAUAUCACCCGGAUGGGCCUAAUAGUGCACAAAAGCAAAGAUCAGGAUUUCCAGGUCCUGGCGGGCUCGGCCGGCUUCCUUAUGGCCGCCUACUGUGUCGGUGCGGUGGGCGGAGUGUGCGCGCUGGCUAACGUUCUGGGCCAGCCGCUUUGUGACUUGGAGCGUUUGUGCUCGUCAGGCCGCUGGGAAGAAGCCCGAGAGCUGCAGGCGCGACUUAUUGAACCCAACGCCGCUGUAACCAGGAAGCUGGGCGUGCCCGCCCUCAAGCAGGCCAUGGAGUGGUUCGGCUUGCGCGGCGGCGUCUGCCGCUCGCCUCUCGGCCCUCUGCGGCAGGAAGAGACAGAACGACUCCGACGGGACUUCUCCUCCAACGGGUGGCUCUGAACGUGACCAAUCAAUCAUCCGCUACUCCCAAGAAGCGGGGAAGCGUUGGCUUCAAUGGGAAACUUGGGCAAGUCCUUUUCAAAAAGAGAGACAGAGGUCACGUCCUUGGAAAUAAGGAGGGGAAAAGCCAUCCUGCCUGUUCAGCUCCUUGUUGGAGAAGGUCCGUUGAAGUUCGGCUUCCAGUGCUUUCUCGAUUUAUUCCCAAAUUCGAUUGCAAACUUUUUGAUUUUCAAAUUCAUUUCAAUUUCAGAUAUUUCAUUUUCGACACACAUUGAACUAUUUCAUUCAGAUUUUUAAAAGCCUUUUAUGAAUGGUGGUUCUCUACCAUUUUUGAAUGAUAAACCUGACAAAGUGAAGAAAUGAUCAAAAUGGUCAAGGGAACGGCGUGACUCCCCGCAGCCAAUCGGUGACCAACAAUGCUUGAAGACAUUUGUUACAAAAGAGGGAAAAAAAAGCAAUUUGUCAACAUUUGCAUUUCUAAUGUCAUGUUCGACUUUAGACAAUAACAUUUAAAUGCAACUGAAAUAA